UUAGAAGGUCAUCAAGGUGCUUCUUUAUCAGUCAAGUUCGAUAAAAGUGGCGAAAAUGUUGCCUCCUCAGGGAUGGACAAGAAAAUCCUAUUAUGGAACUUACCUCAUGCAUCAUCCCAAGAAAAGGCUUCCAAUUAUGGUGAAAUAACUGGUCACAAAAGUGCAGUAACGUCAAUAAGAUGGCUUAACAAUGGGAGUAUUGCUUCGUCCUCAGCAGAUACCACUGUUGGUAUUUGGGAUACUGAAACUGGUCAAAGAAUAAGGAAAUACACCUCUCAUUCACUUGUUGUAAAUGAAGUUGAUAAUGAUCAAAAUUUGGUUGCAUCUGCCGGUGAUGAUGGGUUUAUUUUUGUGUGGGAUGAAAGAGAGAAAGGAUUUAUCAAUAGUUUCAAAACUGAAUAUCCACUACUGACAGUUGCAUUUCAUAAUAAUAUAGUUUUUGGGUCUGGUAUUGAACCGAUAAUAAGAGCUUGGGAUAUCAGAUCUCCUUCAUCACCUGUUUUUGAAAUAGAAACGUUACACACUGAGUCAAUAACUUCACUUUCUGUUGAUGACACAAAUUUAAUAUCUAGGGAUAAUGAUACUGUUAGAAUUUAUGAUCCUAAGGUUGUACCAGGAAAUCAUAUUAGACCAAAAGUUUAUGAUGGGGCUCCAGCUGGACCAGAAAACUUGUUGAUAAGGUCAAUUGUAAAGAACAACUUGAUAUUGUCAGGUUCUUAUGAUAAGACCGUUACUUUAUGGGAUGUUGUUUCUGGUAGAUUGCUGAGAAAACUCACGGGUCAUACUGGUACUGUUCUUUCUGUUGAUGAGCAUGAUGGGAAAAUAGUUUCAAGUUCUACUGAUGGUACUGUUAUUUUGAGAUACAACUAA